GUUUCUACUCGGACGCCUUAAAGUCAGGGACAGUAGGUUUGCACCACAGUGUACAGGAGCAGGACUCGACUUUACUUCACUUUCGAUGUGUGUUUCCUGGACUUUGCGGGUUUCAUCGCCUCGUGGAGGACAGUUCGUUCGGAGACCCACUUUUACAUGAGUCAUAUUUCAGCUUUCAAGUUCAUUUAAGAGUUUUUGAGAACUAUGGCCUGUGAAGGAAACGGUAUGUCAGAUGAGAGGAUAGGGGAGGCCCUGAUCAAAGAGGUCAUACAAGAGGAGCUGAAAGACGUGCCCAGAGAGGACGUCCCACCCCUCACCCCAGUGACUGGUAAAGUAAAGGAGGAGGAGGAGAAGGUGGUGAACCAGCUGGCCAAAAUAACCCGCAUCAUCGGCGACAGGGUCAAAGACGAUGCCGAGUUAAAAGAUGCGAUAGAUGGGUUCAUUGGUUGCCCCAGCUCCUGCUCUAUGUCGGACAGAUUUAAGGAAGUGGCAAACAAAGUGUUAGAAUCUGGGAUCACCUGGGAGAGGAUCGCCGUGCUUUUCUACGUCGCCGGCAAGCUGGCUCACAGGAUGGUGGAGGCCCAUAUCCCUCAGUCAGUGAGGGACAUCCUGAGGUGGACCAUGGAGUUUUUCAGGAUCAAUCUACUGGGCUGGAUUCGGGAACAUGGAGGAUGGAUCAACAGUUUCUCAGAUCUGGCGACGGUGUCCAUGCAGAGCGUGUCAUCGAUGAGCUCUCAGAGCUCUGCCCUCGCCCUCAUCUUCAUCAGUGGCCUGGCAAUAGGAAGCUUCAUCAGCUGGAGACUGACCAGACAGUCCUGAGGCGCGCUCACUUACACACACACACACACAUGCACACUCACACACACACACACACACACACACACCCCAGACCUGGGUCUCAAAUAAUUCUAGGCAUUUACCAAAUCAGCCUUUGAGCCGAGUAUGAAAUGUUUACCAGAGGGUUUAUUAUUCAGGGUUGUCAUGUAAAGACAACGUGUCUGACAAAGAGGCCGGAUGCUGUCACCUCCUGAUUACAUGUUGCCAUGAGAUGGUCAAAUCGUAAAAUGUGCCUGAACCUCAAACACAAUCUAUUUUUCUACCCUCUCAAAUGUUAUUUAUGCAAACAUAAGUGAACGUACUGUAUUAGGGAGGAGCCCUCCAUACUAAAUAAUAUAUUAGUGUAAUUAUGAGACAGAAAAUCUACAAAUGCCAAUGUGGGCUUUCUUAUGGCCUCUUGUUUAACAGCGGUAAACAGGUUCUAACACUGGGUGUGACCAUCCUGACGUUGUGUGUUCUUAAAGCUCUACCUGUGUGAAAUAGGUACUUGCACAUCAGAUUUUGGUACCCUUAUUUAUUAGUGUGUACCGCCACGUAUUUUGGUCCACACCCCUAAACACCCGCGUAAGGGCACGGUCACACACAUGCAGGGCCAUCGCCUGCUAAGGUGAACGCACACAGUCCUUCUUUGCUGUUAGUUGAGGAAGCAAUUCAAUUUCACAUGUGUGACCGUGUAUUUUUUCCACAAAGACCCGCCCUAUUCUGCCACUGAUUGGCUAGUGUUUGUUGCCUUCAUUGGUUUGGUUUGGUUUGGUUUGGUUUAGGCAUGAGGAGUGAGAUGGUUUAGAAAAAAUGCCAAGGUCAGAGGCAGAGUAGUGACGGAUCUUCACGAAAUACGGGUGGGGGAAAAAAAUGGGUAUGUUUUCAUUAGUGUAUAAUCAGCUGAAUAUAGGAAUCGAUGUGUGUUUGUUACUUUAGAAUGAGCUGUUUGUAUCGACAGACGCUGCGGGUCGCCUUCAAUGGAUUCGUGUUUCUACAGUAGCCCAGAAAGGACAAACCAAACACUGGAUAGAGGUGUUUCACGGCCAAUGUAACUUCUCCUGUGUGCUAGGAAGGGGUGGGUGAAGUGAGGGAGUUGCAAUCUGCAACUACACUGCCAUCCAGGUAUAUUAAUGGUGACCAAAGUACAUUUAGCAACCCAUUUUAGCAUUUUGCAAACAGAGAGAGUUUGGUGUUAUGUUAGAAGACAUUCAGAUAGAUAUUUUAUAAGCACGGACAGUAAACAUGUCGAUGUCAUUUGGUACCGCGUUUGUUUCAAACUGUUUGUGGCUUCACUGCUGUUGUAAAAAACGGAAUCCCAGUUGAAAAAAUCCAAGAAUAACGUGUUGUGUUUUUUAGGCAACCAAACUAAAACAUGCUGCUAACGAAAAGUCAACAGCAGAUUCUGUCUGUCCCUGUAUGAUACAGCGAGAGAGACACCGAAAGAAGCAGUACGGGACAAGCUGGUGUGUGUGUGUGCAGUAAGAGACUAAAGUUUAGGUGUGUGUGUGUGUGGGAAUGAAGAACUGAAGGGAAAAGCAAGGUUAGCAAAUUAAAGUAGUAAAUGAAUCAACAUUAAAAUAUAUAUAAUUGCAACUCCCCCGCUUUACCCUCCCUUUCCAAAUGUGUAGAAGAAACUACGGUGGCUGCGAAACACACGAAAAAAGAGCCAGUGUUUGGUUUGUCUGUUCUGGGCUCCUGUAGAGGAGCCCCUCUAGAUGAAAUAGUAACAAAAACACCAAUAUUCUAAUUUUCAGGUGAUUGUACACUCAAAAAUAGAUCCUCUUAAAUGUUACGCAGUGGACCAUUAAGCAGAAUUAAAAUGGUUAAUUAAGAAAUAAUAAUAACCUACUAGAAAUUGAAAUUGGUCCAAAAAAGCCUGAUCAGGGCACCUUUACUGAUUAUAACCUUGCAGGCUUGUCUAGCUGUUCUGUACAUGAAUAUUCAUACACAUUUAUACUUAUUUUCUUUUUUUAAGAUAUUUUUUUGGCCUUUUUAUUGCCUUUAUUUUUGUCUGAAGAUAGACAAGAAAGGGGGGCAGAGAGAGGGGAUGACACGCAGAAAAGGGCCGCAGGUCGGAUUCGAACCCUGGGCCACUGCAGCAAGGACUCUGCCUCAGUAUGUGGGUCGCCAGCUUUACUGACUGAGCUAACCGGAUGCCCUUAUACUUAUUUUCAAAAGUAUUUAACCACAAUUAUGAUCCUUCCAAAAUAAUUUAGCAUUUCUGUAUGAGUAAGUCGUACAAGUGUACAAGUUCCACAUUUUAUAGAUUUUUCCGAAGUCAGUUUAGUUUAGACAUAAGUCAGUUUCAUUUAAUAAUAUAAUAUCACAAAAAAAUACACUUUAAUUGGGGAAAUGGAAGAAAUCUCGGAAGAGCAACAGAUGAUAGAUCCGUCUUCAGGGCUGACAGACAUGCAAUAGAUGUCGCGAAUAGACCGACAGGACAACUUUACAGUCCGGACAAUCAUGGUGACAAUAUUAUAUCAGAUUGAGACUGAGACCAAGUUGCCUGAAGGGUGAAGGUAACAGGUUGCAGUAAUUAAAGAAUAAGAAAGUAACUGAAAGUCAAGGAGAAAAUUGUGUCAGCACAAGUUUUACACCAGCACAAAUAACAUGAAGGAACUCGGGGGUCAAAUCACGUUUAAUGUAUUUCCAAUAUGUUCUUCCAUCUAGUUGAGAAAUAGUGUAUCUGUGUUAAUUGUUGCCUGAUUAACAAACUGUCAUUCCACAUUUUAUUCUGUAUCAUGCACUUGGGGAGAGCAGUUUAGUCAGCAAUAAGCAUUUUGAUUACCUAUGUGUCAUUUCCAUUCAUAUAUGACACUAAACUCUGCACAUUGGGUACAAACUGCAUUUUUAUGUGAUUUCCACUAACAACAAAUUACGUGACAUUCUCAUCAUAAUUUGCAGUACCAAUGAAUUACGCAAAGGUUUUCAAAAGGAAAAUAAAAGAACAACAGAGAGUUUUACCCGAAAUGAUUUAAUGUAUUUAUUGACAGACAAAGCAUUAGUUUCCCCUCAUCUCUCUGUCAUCCACAGUAGUUGAACUUUUUUCUGUCUCAUGUGCGUUCCGUUUCUGAAAAGUGCCAUACAUAUAUAUCAUCAUCAUUUUUCUUUCAUAUUUUCUUUUUAAACCACAUUACUCAGUCUUUGUAAAACUGUGCCUUUUUAAAUUGUAAAAUCAUGGUGUAAAUCAUGUCUGGAGGAAUCUCUACCACUUUGCAAUACAAGAGGUACUUUCUGUACAUGAAGUGAACGAAUAUUAAAGCCAUGUU